AUGCUAGAAACUCAUUGUCAGUUCAAACAUGAGGGACUACCCCGGGAAGUCCUCGCUUGGUUGAGGUGUCUGCAGCUUCCACGUUUUUUGCGGUUCCCGAGGCGUGACCUGUCCAACGGAUUUCUUGUAGCGACCAUUUGUUCCCGUUAUUGGAAAAACAUUUCCAUGCACUCCUACGAGGAUAAGUUAAGCGUGGUGAACAAGCGCAACAACUGGGAGCAACUAAAGAAGCAUUUUCAACAGAACAACUGUCCACUAAGCGACCGUAUGAUAGAGGGACUAAUAGCAUGCCGCGAGGGUUAUGCUGAAUCUCUGUUGCGGCAGUUGUAUACACUGUUGACAGGGCGUGAGGUCCUCGAAGCCGCACCGCUUCCUGCAGUGGAAAUUACCCCACCAACAGUUGUACACACGUCCGUGGCAAAGAAGGUGGAUAUUGAGGCCACUGCUGACCAUGUGGAGGAGCGGAAAGUUCAGUCAAAUCGAGUUCGUGGCAUAAUGCAACGCGGGUUUGUUCCAAUACAGCCGAUGGAGAACGAGGUACCGCCUCCUGCUGUGGAUGAUGCCUCCAGUCGUGUUCUUCACUCCAUGGCACAAGACCCUGCUGACGAAGAUGUGGGUUCCAGUGGUGGUGGUGGUGCUGAAGGUACUGAGAGACCUCCUGUAGCGUUUAGUAUUUCCAUGCGUCGUUCAGAAGUUCAACCAACAGUUGUCUGCGCUACUGGGGGCAAAGCAGGGAGGCGGUCUUCAAGAAGCACAAGGGAUGUGGAUCCAGAUUUGGGAGACCUAGGGCCAACCUAUACGGAAGAAAUGUCCGCCCUCAAUUUUAUUGAGGGUAUCGUGCGCAGUCAAGGGGCCGGUCUGAAACCUCCGCCGUCUCAAUUGUCCAAGCGCUCACCCGGUAUUAAAAUUCGUGACGAGGCUGCUUAUACUUCCUGUUUUCUAAGUGAUGAAACGGCUGUCGGCACCUUAUUACAGUGCCGUGUAUGGAGCUCCCUACUUUCGCGUGUUGGUGAUGUAGCAGCGAUAAUCUUACGUGAUGGCAGUAACCUUUCUGAAGUUGCUGCCCUUUUCCUUAGAGAACCGCCGAAGAGGGCACAGCGCUGUCAGUCGGUGCCAGGUUCGCCGCGAGGACGAAACACGAGUGAUCUUUUAAAAUUAACCUCUUCGGCUGCAUCAGCGAGUGGUCAGCAUGCGUCACAGCGCUACAUGUUUCUCGCUUCGGUGAUGUCAAACAUAUCCGACGUGGAUGCAUUUCUUGCUGUUUCGUUGUACCGUGACGACAUCCUUCAUAAUGCAAAGGAAGCGAUGCGACGACUAGACCACAUUGGUGCCGACAAUCAUGCUGCGCUCCUUUGCUCUGCGUUGCCUGCCGACCGAGCUAUAGCAUUAAAACUACUCCCUGACAUCGUAUCGCAUGUGUACAAUGUUGUAACGCAACAGGGUGGUGCGAGUGCCAGGACGAGUUUUUUACUGUUUUUGGCUGCCGUUGUCACACGCGUGACACGAGAUGCGAGGGCUGGCGGCGGCUCCGCUAACAAAACCCAGAGGAUGUCUUCGGUUUUGGACUCCGCCCGUAGUAGCGCAGAGUUGGGAUUGGAGGAUUCACUUUCCGAAACCAUCUUCACUAUCGCGGGGUAUCACGUCAUCGGUGCCCUCUCGCAUGAGUCAACUGUUGUGCGGCUGGCGGGCGCGCGUCUCGCAGAGGUACUUGUCAGCCGUGGUUGCUCCAGAGAACUUUUGAUUGACACAAUUCUCCCGCUUUUGAGUAGUUGUUGCUCAAUACCAACCACCCCGUUGUUCACCUGCGUUUGUGUCGGAUGGUUACGGCGUGCCUUGCAACGUCUUUGUGGUUGGACAUGUGACAAAACAUGGAGUAACUGCAUUAGUCCUUCCGGUACGGUUACAGUGUCCCCUGCCUCCCUGGUGCAAGCCGAUUCAUUUUUUGAUGGAGAGCACAGGAACUUACCCGAUCAUGUUGUGUAUCAGCUGGCGGUUAUCAUGAGAAACAUUCGUCAAGUACUCCGCCGUCCGGGGUCGGCGAAUCUCCGGCUGUACAUCGCGGAGCAACUAUCCCUGUGUCUUAACGACAUUCCUCACCAGAAUGAGAGUCAGGCACUCUUGCAGCCGCAGGAAGUUGCAGUGGAUGUGCUCAGGGCUCUCAAAGACGCGCCUGAGAAGGCUGUCGAGUCGUUCUUUUCACCAGUGUUACCUCCAGCAGUUGCAUCCGCGACGACCAAGUGGGUUCAAAUCCCUCAAUCGGGCCCCUCCCUUGUCCAAAGCCCGUUAAUUGGUUCCCUGUUAGCGACCGGUCGCCUGUGCGACUGCUACCCACUUGCGUUGUCAGAGGCUGUCCUUCUGCUCUUUCCCCAAGACGAACUAAGUGGAACGGAGGGAAGCCCGGGGAGGAUUCGGUUAACUCGUGACGUGCGACGACAAAACGGUGGGGCUGCCCCCACGCCUUCCGGUGCUUCUCCGGGUACUGUCAAGAAUGGUUCCUUCCGGAUGAGCGGUGGGAAGAAGCAAUCAGUUGCGUACGAAACUACCAUCAACGAGAAUAUGGCACAGCGUGUAACUUGGCUCUACAAGAUCAAUGUGUCUUGUCGCUCAGGUAAUUCUUUUCCUGAACGAUCCGCGAACCUUCCAGAAAACAUAUCCUCACGGCGGUGGGUGGCUGUUUUCCAAGCCAUGUAUUCUGAUAUUUUGGCACUGACUAACUUUUCUGAGACAAUUUUCUCGAGGAAGCUCGCUGUAACCGAUGAAAGCACGAAUAACAUCGCACGUUUGGGAGGAAUGGCGCAGCAGCUGGUAGCUGCUUGGCACAAGGAAGUGUGCAGAGAUGGUUUAGGGUCGGUGGGAUCAAGGAUUGGCACAGGAACCCAGGUGCAGGGGAGAAAUCAGGGCUCAACAUUGUUAGAUGCAAUGGCUUGGUACAACGGGUUGUGCCGCAACGGGACCUUGGGAAAAGAUCGUUAUGGAGUUGAUACGCCUGCGGCACCUCUCCUCGGCAGUAGUGUGAAGGAAAGGACGUGA